GUCUCAUUCAGUCAAUUGUUCAGCCUUAAGGCCACACCAGCUAUCGUCUAAGCUAUUCCAUUUUUUCCAACUGCGGAAUAAUUUGUGUUUAGUGCCAUGGCGUCAGCCACUCCGGAUUCAUCCGUUCACGUUCACGACCUCAACUACAGCUUUCCCGACGGCACAGCUGGUCUUACAAACAUCAAUCUUGACCUCCCUCUGGGAAGCCGUACCUUGCUAAUUGGAGCGAAUGGUGCGGGCAAAAGCACUCUCCUCCGUCUCCUCUCAGGAAAACGUCUCGCUCCAGCUAAUACCAUAACUGUCGGUGGUGUCGAUCCUUUUAAGGAGGGGCUUGAAGGCGUCACAUAUCUCGGGGUGGAAUGGGUCCUGAACCCUAUCGUCCGCACAGACAUUGAUGUUCCCACCCUCCUCGCCUCCGUCGGAGGCGACCACUACCCUGAACGUCGCGAUGAAUUGGUCGAGAUUCUCGACGUAGAUCUAUCAUGGCAUAUGCACGCUGUUUCUGACGGUGAACGGCGCCGUGUUCAGCUCGCCAUGGGUCUACUGCGGCCAUGGAAUCUGCUCCUGCUGGAUGAAAUUACUGUUGAUCUAGACCUACUCAGUCGGGCCAAUUUCCUGGCAUUUUUGCGAAGGGAGACGGAAAUCCGACCGUGCACUAUCUUGUAUGCCACUCACAUCUUGGAUAACCUUGCAAAUUGGCCCACUCAUCUUGUGCACAUGCAUAUGGGCCAAGUACGAGACUGGGGUGCUAUUGAAAAGUUUUACGCCGGAAAACCAAGAGUGUCUGAGAAUAGUCAACUUGGUGAGUUGGUUCUAGAAUGGCUGAAGAAGGAUUUAAAAGAAAGAGGGCCGCGACCCGGAAGGCCGAGUGAGAGUAAAGUGGAACCAGGAUAUAACAUGGAAAUAUAGGCGGAGUCGGCUGGCAUGUGACGGUCAACCCUUUUUAACCUCUUAGCUGGGUUUUCUCAACCCUUAACGGUGAGACGAAUUUCCUUCUCUAGUCAAUUAUCAAAUUUUACAAGGGAUACACUGUACAUUGGUGGAUGAGUGAGUUUCUGCUUCAACGCCAUAGAAAAAUACUUGGUCUAGAGACAACCUAUGUAAAUACAUACUUUUUAACCAAGAAGGGACCCAAAAACGCUGUCUUAACGUGGAACGUCAUCAAUGUUGUAUAGCCGGACCGAAGAAUCGUCACUUGCGACAGCAAGCUGGUAUGCAGGCUUUUUUUCAUUCGAGGCAGAUAUUGGUCGCCAUGCCAAUUGCAAAAUACCUUUGGAUGGGCUUUGAUGCUUGGGGAUAGUCACCUGCGACCCAGGCGUGAAGCUAUCCAUAGCAAUAUCAUGAAUGCUAACCUCCCCGGAGUCGUCCCCAACAGCCAAAGACAACCUACCAUCAAGGACUGUGGGUAGGAAGUCAAUCGCGGUAACCGGACGAGCAAUGGGGAUGCUGGACUUGCACACAAAAGCUGUGCCUUCCUGAGCCCAUACUUUAACCGAUUUAUCUCGGCCAGCAGUUGCAAAAACGCUGGUCGUUGGGUGCGGUGCCCAACUCGCACUAAGUAUCAUCCGCGAGUGCGCUUUGAGAUUCGAACUAAAAGGACGAUAUAAAGAUUUAUCCGUGAAAUCACGCUCAAAGACAGCCCAUUGCCGAUCACGUCCGACACUCAAGAGAUAUCGAUCAUCAUAUGAAAAACGAAGAGAGGUUAUCGUCAAUGAAUGCGCCGUGAGUGGCGGGCGUAUCUCGCGCCAUGUUUGGGUAUCGUAUAGGCGAAUAACUGCGUGAUCUAUGGAGCUAGCUUUGCACCCAGUGGCGAUAAGAGACCGGUCAUUAGUAGCUGCAACAGCUGAGAUUUCAUAGCCGUGACCAUAUAAUUUUUCAUGCUCUGGCCAUAGCGUGUGUCUGGCUAGAUGAUCUUCCAGCGGAGGACGAUCGGGAUCUAACUGAACUGCCUGAAAUGGCGCUUCGCCUUCCGUUCCGUUCUCCUCACCCUCACCGUCAUGCUCAGCAUCAGCAUCAGCAUCAUCCACUGCCUUAUUCGAGAGCCCAAGAACCGGAAUAUUAGCAGCUUCGGCCAUGUCUUCUGUGGAUGACUGUGCAAAACCGGACAGCCGUUCCAGCAGCUGUGCGAUUGAUUUCGUCUCAUUAAAUACCCGCAGAAGUUUCUCGUCGGCACCAGAUACGAACCUUGUCGGACCAAGGGAGGCAAUGCAGUUCAAAUCAUAUCCGUGAAUUUGCGGCCGC